AUGAACUUUGCAGGGACCAAAGCGCCACUGCUCCUGUUACAGCCACACCAUAUAUACUCCUCACUGACCGGAACUACUUUCCUGUGUCACCGACACCCGGAGCCAGACGAGGAGACUGAGCACCAGCAGUGGACGGACGGACAAACUGAUGAGGACAGUGACUCAGAGGAGAAUUUGUGUGGAACUCAUCAGGAGAGCUGUGCCACUGGGCUGUGCCAUCACCCUCAGCUGGAAACAGACGUUGAAUCAGUCAGGACUUUGUAUUCAGACUCUGCGAUCUCUGUCAGGGUGUACGACUCAAUUGAUGAUGUGGAUGUUGACUUAAACAUCAAUACCAACUUCCUGGAGGAGGUGGCCAACGCAUGGGGGGUUCAUUCAUCAGAGCCCAUUGUUAUCCGUCUGCACUUUUCUCUCUCCCAGUAUCUGGACGGCCCUGCACCUUCUGUUGAAGUCUUUCAGCCAAGCAACUCAGAUCAUUUCAGUGUCGGGAAACAACUAGAGAAUAUUCUCACACUCUUCAUAUCUCAGGAGUGGAAACACCUGACAAAUGAGAACAUCGUGGUCCAACAGAAGAGCAGACACGGCCGGUUCAGACCAAGAGGCACGAUCAGGAAAUUUGGCGCAAGACUAAGCAUCUGGUCAAAAUCCCAUCAGCACCGCGAGGCAACAAUGAGAGGAAAGAUCAUUUUCCCAACGAUGAAACGGAAUCGUUUCAAAAAUCACAUGAACUCUGACAAGAAUCCCACAGGAGAACUCUUCACCUACAUGCCAAGUCGAAAGAGGGUGAAGGUGUCAUCUAUCAAGCCAUCACAGAUUAGCACCAAACAGCUGAUAGAGCUGCUUUUCUCCUCCCAGACCACUGUGCACUGUAAGAGCAGCCCCACUCUACAGCAUGGUUUCCUAGUACAGAUAAUGAGCUACACUGAGCAGAGAAUGUCUACCCUUAAUGAAUUCUGUAUAAUCUGUGAUGAGCGCCACAUGUUUCAGAAUGGCCCUCUCUUAAAGCCUGCAGUUUGCACAAGGGAGCUAUGUGUGUUUUCCUUUUAUACACUGGGCGUUAUGUCCGGAGCUACAGAGGACGUUGCAACUGGUGCAGAGGUGAUUGACCUGCUGGUCGCUAUGUGCAGAGCUGCUCUUCAGUCUGCACGCAAGAGCAUCAUAUUUGAACCGUACCCUUCUGUUGUUGAUCCUUACAACCCCAAAGCUCUGGCCUUUAGUCCAAAGAGAAGAAGCUAUGACAGGCUGCAAAAGGCGCUUGACAAUGUCUUAUUAAUCAGGAGAAUGGCACAGGGUCAACAUUCUGAAAUAAGGAAACAGAUGGAUAAAUUAGAUCCUCUCGCUUAUCCCUUACUACAGUGGAUUUUAGCAAGCAACAGAUCACACAUUGUCAAGCUUCCACCGCACAGGAAACUGAGGUUCAUGCACACACCCCAUCAGUUUCUGUUGAUCAGCAGCCCGCCCUGCAAAGAGGCUCGAUUCCAAACUGCUAGAAACAUUUAUGGCAGCACUUUCGCUUUUCAUGGUUCCCACAUUGAAAACUGGCACUCUAUUUUAAGAAAUGGACUGGUUAACGCCUCAUACACAAAACUACAGGUCGAGUAUGAAAACGGUCAGGUGGGAGACGUCCACGUCAACACUCAGGAUGUCCACAUCCACAGGGAAAUUUUACAAGUAAUUGCUUCACAGUCGUGCUGA